AUGCUCGUUGCUGUGCUGCAGCUCAAAAUGGGGAGCCUGAGGAUUUGGGGCUUGGAAGCCAUUGCAUUCAAGGACACCUAUGAAUCCACCUUUGACGCUGCCAUGGUCCACCACGAGAAACUCUUCAAGCUUCCGGAGGAGUAUGCUGACCUCGAGGCCACUGCGUCUGGAGAGGUGUCGCAGCCCUUGGAUGAGCUCGUUGACCUCAAAAGACCGCCGGAGCAGCAGGACAUUGUCGCUUUGCGCAGGGACCGGGAGAAAGAAGCCCUGCAGGUGGUCCACCAAUGUGCCAAGGCAGCGGCCCAUGCAGUGGCCAGUGCCUCUCGUCGUGCCUCCACCGAGCGGGCCAAGCUGUCCGAGGACAAGAAAGAACUUUGGGACCAAGCAUGGGCCCAUGCGAGCGUUCCUUUGCUGAUCCAAUGGCGAGAGGAAGCUGUGCACGGGAACUUGUUAGUGGACUUCUCAGAGGCGGCUGCGCCGCAGUCAUUUGUCGGGCUCGCUCAGCGGAAGCGGGAGAUGCAGGUGGAGAAUGCGCUGGCAGCAGCCAAUGCCGCAGCGGAAGAUACUUCCCCCUGA